AUGCAGCAGGCGUCGGUGCCGGUUCAUUCGACGCAGGGCUCGGCAGUGGUUCAGCUGUCGUGGGCGUCGGCACGGUGGUUUGUCGCGUUGGUAGCGCUGGGCGAGGGCGACAACGUCACGGGCGCGUCUGUCGGGCCCGAUGGCGUCGUCGUCACAUUCGGUAAAGGGCUUGGUGUCGACGCGACGGGCGUCAACGUUGCCGGCGUCGGCGUUGUUGACGGGGCGUCGGUCGCGUUUGUCGGCACCGGCUCCGGCGUGCUCGUCACGCCAUCGAUCGGCGCUGGCGUGAACGUCGGUGCACUCGUGUUGGUGUCGACCACAGGUGCACUCGUCGUGCUGUUAUUGUCCAAGGGCGUUGGCGCAGUCGAGAUCUGGGCAUUCACGACGGCUGCCGCGAAGGCGACGGCCGCGAUACAUGCCGAGGGGCGCAUGUGGGGCUUGAUUCACUGA